CAACAACGCGUUGUCCGUUGUUCAUAUUUAAUUAAAUUACAUUUUAUUAAAUUAUAUACAUGAGAUUUUAAUUAAUAUCCAUAAUUCUAAGGAUAACGUUUUCUUUUUUUAGAAAUAUUCAAUGGAUAAAUUUAACCUUUAGUAUUCAACGUUUUUCUAUAAUGUCAGAACAUAAUUCGAACUCUAACCAAUCAUCAAUCACAAAUAAUAAAGAAGAUAAACCGAAACUAAAAAUUUUAGCAUUUCAUGGAUAUCGGCAAAAUGGUACAGUGUUUAGAGCCAAAAUUGGAUCCUUUAGAAAAGCGGUUUCGAAAUAUGCUCAGUUAUAUUUUAUAUCUGCCCCUCAUAAAGUUUUCAGUGAAGAAGGUGGAGGCGAUGAAGAUUCACGCUCAUGGUGGUUUAAUGCAGAAGAUAACACAUUCAGUGGUAAAUGUUUAGGGGGACCAGCUAUUGGCUUUGAAGAUACUUUACACUUGAUUGAGGAAGUAGUGAAAGAGCACGGGCCAUUUGAUGGGUUCAUGGGUUUCUCACAGGGUGCCUGUCUUGUUGGACUUCUAGCUGCUAUGCAACAAAAAGGAUACCUGCCAUAUACAUUUAAAUUUGCAAUAUUUGCAUCUGGAUUCCGAUCAGGAAGUUUAGUACAUAAGGGAUUCUAUGAUGAAGAUAUCAAUCUACAAUCACUGCAUGUUUAUGGAGAAAGUGACUCUAUUAUACCAAAAGAAAUGAGUGAAUCUCUCAUUAAUUUAUUUGUAAAAUCAGUUGUAAUUGAACAUGCUGGUGGUCAUUAUGUAGCCUGCUCUGGAUCUAUCAAAGAUGCCUACCUGGACUUCCUGCAUGAUAUGUACCAAGAUAUAUUUGAAAAUCCAGAGAAAAAUAAUAAAAGAAAUCCAUAGUUUCUUUUAUAAACAUGUGUAAAUAUGAGUAAUUAAAGCUUAAAAGUA